CUCGACCACCACAUGAGCAGAACUUUCUCUACGCAUGACGUAGGCGCGUGCUGUAUUUGGGGCGCGCCUCUGUGGCCGGGACACCUGGAGGCGUUCGUGGCCACAUCCCCACAACUCCCCACCUCUCUCUCUCUCUCCACUUACACCGCCACCCUCCCCACCCCACUCACCCAUUCGCCCGUGGGGUGAGUGAGACGAUGAUCGUGCGCCCUGCGUUAUUGACUCGGCGGCGGUGCCUGUUGCUCAACCGACGGACGGACGCGGGAUGGUGCCCGUGCUGGAGUCGAGCUGCGUGCGCGGAUGAAAGUCGCUGAGCCGUGGGGCUCUCCCCGCACGACUGCUGCCAUGUGAGCCGCGUUCAAGGGCACCGAGUGGGGGAACGGGAGAGUGGAACCGAGUAAAUUCAUCAACCCAAGCCCCUUCGCUCAGCACCUGGCGACAAGACGAGGCCGGCUGGCGCCAUGAACUGGGCCGGCCUCUACGAGGUGCUGAGCGGCGCCAACCGCUACUCCACGUCCAUCGGCCGCGUGUGGCUCUCCGUGCUCUUCAUCUUCCGCAUCAUGGUGCUGGUGGUGGCGGCCGAGAGCGUGUGGGGCGACGAGCAGUCCGACUUUGUGUGCAACACGCUGCAGCCGGGCUGCCAGAACGUGUGCUACGACCACCACUUCCCCAUCUCGCACGUGCGCCUCUGGGCCCUGCAGCUGAUCUUCGUGUCGACGCCGGCGCUGCUCGUGGCCAUGCACGUCGCUCACCGCCACCGCAGGGCCAAGCGGAAGGCGCGGCGGUGCGGGCGUGCCUACGACGACGUCGCCGUGCGGAAGCCGCCGAUCGACGGCCUGCUGCUGUGCACGUACGUGGUGAGCGUGCUCUUCCGCGUCGCCUUCGAGUGCUCCUUCCUCUACGCGUUCUACUUCAUCUACAGCGGCGUCAAGAUGCCGCGGCUCAUCAAGUGCGACGCGUCGCCGUGCCCCAACGUCGUGGACUGCUUCGUGUCGCGCCCCACCGAGAAGACCAUCUUCACCAUCUUCAUGCUGGCCGUGUCGGCCGUCUGCCUGUUGCUCAACCUGGCCGAGCUGGUCUACCUGCUGGUGCGCUACUGCAGCCGCGUUUGCCGGCGCCGCGGCUCAGAGCGCCCCUCCGGCGGAGGGGGCGGCUGGCGCGGCCGGCGGAAGAGGCGGGGGGGGGGCUCGUCGGCGAGCGAGGGGGGCGGCGGGGCGCCCCCCGGCCAGCGGAAGGGCGACGGCGAGAGGGGACGCAGUCGGUCGAGGACGCCGGAGGGGCGGCGAAGGCCGGAGAGGUUCGCCGGAGGAGAAGCGCCCGGCAGGUCCGCUGGCGGCGGCGGCGCCGGCGCCGCGCUGCUGAGCGAGGUGGAGCAGAACAAGAGGAACUCGCACCUGGAGACCAUCACCCUGGCCAACGGGGCGGUGGCGCACGCCAAGAAGGGUGCCCACCAGGACGCGGUGGAGAUCGGAGAGGCGUGAUCGCGGGGCCGGGCAGUGGCGGUGGUGACAGCAGGGCCGGGCAACGGCGGUGGCGGUGGUGCCCGCCCAGCUGGGAGGAGGCCUGAGGAGACAUCCCUUGUGGGUGCCUCGCCCGACUCCACACGGUGUAUGCGUGAGCAGGCGAUGUAACGUCAUUACGUCGUGCGCAGUUUUGUGCGAUGUAAUUAAGGCAAUGGACUAAUUACACUAUUAACAUUAUGUUAAUAGUGUAAUUAUGUUAAUAGUGUUAUUAGAAUUACGAUUUAUAUAAGAAUCUGAAUUCGAGGUGAUUUUUUUGGUGCACCACAUUAAUGGUGUCAUGCCUCCAGGGCCCCUCGAGCUACUGGGCGCGCACACCUUUGCAUGGUUUGCGUACACCGAGCGUCGCCACUGUCCGUUCGCGAGCCAAGCGUUAGGUGGUGCUCAUCUCUGUCGGCUUCCCCAAGCCCGCGGUGGAAAUCUCGCACGAUCGUGACGGGGGACCGCUCUCUCUAGAAGAUGACCGCUGUUGGCUUCCCACAAAGCCGUGCUCGAUUUCGCCGACCACGGGAAGGAUGAUGGACCGAGUGGACGCCCACCCCGACGGGGAUUUGAACUCCGCAGAUUCUCGACCCGGGCGGUUCCGUUCACAGCGCCACACGGCGUGGAACUUUAUUUACUUUAUUUCUGAACGAUCGUUUAAAAUAAUACGCAGCAAUAACGAUGGCAAUAACUGCCAUCUCAAUAAAAAAGUCACCAAGAACAAUAUUUUGGUCUGACAUAGAUUCAAAGCUAUCGCAGGCAAAGUACAGAACCACAUGCGGCAGUUUCCUUGUUGAUUUGGCUGCAAGGGGCUCUUGCUGGGUUUCUGAAGUGGACAGGGGUGGUGACUGCCAGGGGUGGCGAAUUCCCUUUCAAUUCAAGGGUUCUUCCAUUGUUUACAGCCAUUGUAAUUAAAGCCGUACUGACAAAGGUGUUAAGUCUCGACUGGAUACAGAGUGAGUUCAGUAUGGCUCCUUGUGGGCUCUUGAAAGCCAAACGAUAGCAAUAAAAAAUAAAUUCUAAACAAGAUUGGACAUCACAGAGCAAGAACCUUCAUCAACAAAUACUCUAAUAUACACAACUGUAUUUUAUACAUAUCUUUAAAAUACAUAUAUAAAAACAUUUUCACGGAUUUAUUUUAAAGGCAGUGGGAGCUUCACUUGGUUAACGCUCAGGGUAUGUUUUAUAAGUUGGUCCAGAAAAACAUUUACCAUCACACCGCGCCGUGUAAUACGUGCAAAACACACGUGGGUUUAUACUCUGUCACACUUGCGAAAGAGAUUUAUUUUUUUAUAGAAUUUUGUGUCUUUUGUCACAAAUCACCAAGCCAGUGCAAAUUGAGAUUGCGGAUAGGCCUACACACACGGGACACAUUGCCUUUGUUAAAACUCCCCUUAUCACCGCAAAGCAAACCACACUGUGGGCUUUAUGAUAGACUCGCUUUUUGCCCGUCCAAGGACGGGUGUAUUGCAGUAAAUCUUAAACUUGCAAGCGAAAAGCAGACCGCGACGUGAUGUUCAUUGCAUCAAUUCGCGUGCAAUUAG